AUGGACGACGCAGACUCACUGGUCAUCUCGUCUGACCCUCUCCAUCCCGCAAAUCUCAUUCCGGAGCUCUGUCAAUCAUUCUACCACUUGGGAUGGGUCACAGGCACUGGCGGUGGCAUCUGCAUUCGCGCCGGGCAAACGGACGACAAAAUAUCCUUUACUGGUGGCGGCCUUAGGUACAUUGCACCCAGCGGCGUUCAGAAGGAGAGAAUCGUCCCCACGGAUAUCUUCGUACUCCCAUAUCCCGCCCCUCAAACACCGUCUCCGCAUACAGAUCGUGUAUUUCUUCGCCGACCCCGUAAGGAACUAAAGGAGUCUGCAUGUACCCCUCUGUUCUGGAAUGCCUUCGAUCUCAGGGGGGCUGGUUCUUGCGUUCACACGCACUCUCAGCACGCUGUCAUGGCCACUCUACUUUGGCCCGGAGAAACGUUCGAAAUUUCCCAUCAGGAAAUGAUCAAAGGAAUUAGGAUCGGGGGUAUGGGGAAGGCUCUAUCGUAUUUGGACACGCUGGUUAUUCCUAUCAUCGAAAACACACCUUUCGAGGAAGACUUAAAGGACAGUAUGGCUCAGGCCAUGAAAAAGUACCCUGACGCUGCGGGCGUGUUGGUCCGUCGCCACGGAGUGUACGUUUGGGGUGCCGAUUGGGAGAAGGCGAAAACACAGACUGAGUGUUUGGAUUACUUGUUCGAGAUUUCUGUCAAGAUGAAGUUGGUUGGACUUCCCACCCUUCUUGGAGAGCAAAACGGGGCAUAG